GGUAGCAGCAGCAGCAGUAACAGUAGUAGAAGUGUCAGCAGUAGCGGUAGCAGCAGCAGUAACAGUAGUAGAAGUGUCAGCAGUAGCGGUAGCAGCAGCAACAGUAACAGUAGUAGAAGUGUCAGCAGUAGCAGCAGCAGCAGUAACAGUAGUAGAAGUGUCAGCAGUAGCGGUAGCAGCAGCAGCAGUAACAGUAGUAGAAGUGUCAGCAGUAGCGGUAGCAGCAGCAGCAGUAACAGUAGUAGAAGUGUCAGCAGUAGCGGUAGCAGCAGCAGUAGUAACAGUGUCAGCAGUAGCGGUAGCAGCAGCAGCAGUAACAGUAGUAGAAGUGUCAGCAGUAGCGGUAGCAGCAGCAGCAGUAACAGUAGUAGAAGUGUCAGCAGUAGCGGUAGCAGCAGCAACAGUAACAGUAGUAGAAGUGUCAGCAGUAGCAGCAGCAGCAGUAACAGUAGUAGAAGUGUCAGCAGUAGCGGUAGCAGCAGCAGCAGUAACAGUAGUAGAAGUGUCAGCAGUAGCGGUAGCAGCAGCAGCAGUAACAGUAGUAGAAGUGUCAGCAGUAGCGGCAGCAGCAGUAACAGUAGUAGAAGUGUCAGCAGUAGCGGCAGCAGCAGCAGUAACAGUAGUAGAAGUGUCAGCAGUAGCGUCAGCAGUAGCGGUAGCAGCAGCAGUAACAGCAGUAGAAGUGCCAGCAGUAGCGGUAGCAGCAGCAGCACUAACAGUAAUAGAAGUGUCAGCAGUAGCAGCAGCAGCAGCAGCAGUAACAGUAGUAGAAGUGUCAGCAGUAGCGGCAGCAGCAGCAGCAGUAACAGUAGUAGAAGUGUCAGCAGUAGCGGCAGCAGCAGCAGCAGUAACAGUAGUAGAAGUGUCAGCAGUAGCGGUAGCAGCAGCAGCAGUAACAGCAGUAGAAGUGUCAGCAGUAGCGGUAGCAGCAGCAGUAACAGUAACAGCAGUAGAAGUGUCAGCAGUAGCAGCAACAGCAGUAACAGUAGUAGAAGUGUCAGCAGUAGCAGCAGCAGCAGUAACAGUAGUAGAAGUGUCAGCAGCGGUAGCAACAGCAGCAGUAACAGUAGUAGAAGUGUCAGCAGUAGCGGUACCGGUAGCAGCAGCAGU